CAUGCAUUCUUCGCCUGUUCUAAUACAAGAUUUCGCUCCUUUCAGCGCCGUGACACCUCAAGAUGGCGCACUAUGAUUCCGAGAGUGAAGACCGACCACGGAAGAUUAUUGAUGUUCUGGGGGACUUCACUCUUACGAACUGCGAGCCACCAGUGACACUUAAGCUUCAUCAACUAGCCGAUGUGCAGCGCCAGCUCGGACCCGGCAGUCUUUUGGCCCCUCGGCCCGUGCCAGAUUCACAGUCUGUCGUUCGUGCCAAAUGCGUCAUGGGCGGCGGAGAGUAAGCGCUUUUUGCCCUCGACAGAGGCAAUACAUAUCCACUCAGGUACUCACCAUGGCUAGCGCCGGCGUUUGGACGGGAACCAUCUUCGAAGCCCCAGCGGAGACGUCCCCCGAAUUCAUGUUUCCGGCCCGCCUCAUCAACAACCUCAGCAACAUAAGGACCGAACGCUUUAUUAUCCGACGCAGGUUUGCCCCCGCGGUUACGGAUCUGAAGACAAUGGCCGUCUACACGGACGGCGCGUGCGCUUCCAAUGGUCUCGCUACGCCGCGGGGUGGCUUUGCCUUUGUGUUCAACGAGAACUCAAAUGGCACGCAUGCACGGGCCCUCGAGAACAAGGGCCCAACCGGCGAGGUGCAAACUCAUACGAACAACAGGGCAGAGCUACGUGCCGUCAUUGCCUUUCUCAAAUACCGCGUGUGGUGGGGGGAAGGUUGGAAGCGUAUCGUGGUCAUCACUGAUUCUGAGUAUGUGGGCAAGGGGGCCACGACCUGGCUGCGGAAUUGGGCCUGCAAUAACUGGCGGACUGCGGCUGGUAGACCAACUGCUAAUCGCGAUCUCUGGGAGGCGCUGUCUGAGGUCAUUGGGGCCUUUGCGGAAGGCGGCUGCGAGAUUUCCUUCUGGGUGGUCCCACGCAGAUGGAAUACUCGGGCGGACGCUGCUGCGAAAGUUUCUUGCAGACAAGAGAGUCGUGAGGAUUAUACUAAUGAACUGGGUGUUCUGGUCUAAGGGAAUGGCAUUGCCUGGAGGUAUAACGGCCGCUCGUUACGUAAGUACGGCAAUGAAUGAUGGCUUAACUCGGGUAGGCCUUGAACAUUUGCGCUAGCCGAGGGUGGUAGACCCCGUUGCAAAGAGGCAUCCAUGUUCUGGGACGUGAAGGCAUGGCGGAGUCGUCACGAUGGAUAGUUACUCGAGAUUUAAGUCAAAAGGAGAUUAUUUGAGCCCCGCAAAUCCAGAGAAACAUUAGUGGGGUGGCAUCAAUGAUCAAGAGUCGUGCUAUUUGCACAACCCCCUUUUACUAAACGUACAACUGUUAGACGGAGGGAUCCGGUCCGGCUAGCGUGACUAAGGAAGCGGGGGUCUUGGAGACCGUAGAUGAGGGAAAUCCCUCGCCGGUCAAGAUGAUCGACAACACAGUCAAUCCAUCAGUCAUAACGACGUUAUUAAGGUCGUAAUUAUCAUCAAUUCAAUCAGGC